AUGUCUUCAGUCCUUGCCCCCCCACCUGUCGAGCCGGCCAUGAAGCUCUUGGUCAAGAAACUCUCCCCUAAGGCACAGCUCCCAACCCGCGGCUCUGCGUUUGCAGCUGGCUCCCACGCUACCAUUAUCCCAGCCCGUGGGAAGGCUCUGGUCGAUACUGAUAUCUCCAUCGCUGUCCCUGCCGGAACCUAUGGGAGAAUCGCGCCCCGUAGCGGCCUUGCGUCCAAAAACUUCAUUGAUGUAGGUGCGGGCGUCAUUGAUGCCGACUACCGUGGCCAGGUGAAAGUGCUGCUUUUCAACCACUCGGAUUCCGAUUUUGAAGUCAAGGAAGGAGACCGUGUUGCACAACUUGUGUUGGAGAGGAUCUACACCCCCGAAGUUGAGGAGGUCCAAGAUUUGGAAGAGUCUGUGAGGGGUGCUGGAGGGUUCGGGAGCACCGGCAUUUAG